AUGGGUCAGGGCCAGAGCGGGUUGCCGCGCCAGACGCGCGACGAAGCGGCCAAGAAGAAGGAGGACGCGGCCAAGCAGAAGAAGAAGAAGAAGUUUGAGCCGCGAGGUGGGGCCAUGACGCGCCGGCGCCGCAAGAAACGCGGCCCCGCAGCGGCCGUGCGGAUCCCAACCGUGUACCCCACGGCCAAGUGCAAGUUGCGGCUGCUCAAGAUGGAGCGCAUCAAGGACUUUCUGCUCAUGGAGCAGGAGUUUAUCCAGAACCAGGAGGUCAUGAAGCCCAAGCAGGAGAAGGACGAGGAAGAGCGGUCCAAGGUGGACGACCUGCGGGGUACGCCCAUGGGCGUGGGGACGCUCGAGGAGAUGAUUGACGACAACCACGCGAUCGUCUCGUCGUCCGUGGGGCCCGAGUACUACGUAGGCGUCAUGUCGUUUGUGAACCAGGACAUGCUCGAGCCCGGGUGCUCGGUGCUGCUUCACAACAAGGUCAUGUCGGUCGUGGGCAUCCUGGCAGACGAUACGGACCCGAUGGUGAGUGUCAUGAAGGUCGACAAGGCGCCGCUCGAGUCCUAUGCUGAUAUUGGAGGGCUCGAGUCGCAGAUUCAGGAGAUCAAGGAAGCAGUGGAGCUGCCGCUCACCCAUCCAGAGCUCUACGAAGGCAUUGGCAUCCGUCCGCCCAAGGGCGUGAUUCUGUACGGCGAGCCGGGCACGGGCAAAACACUGCUGGCUAAGGCUGUCGCGAACCAGACGUCGGCGACGUUCCUGCGGAUUGUGGGCUCAGAGCUCAUUCAAAAGUACUUGGGCGACGGCCCGAAACUUGUGCGCGAAAUGUUCCGCGUGGCCGACGACCAUGCGCCGUCGAUUGUGUUUAUUGAUGAGAUUGACGCAGUUGGUAGCAAGCGCUACGAUUCAAGCAGCGGUGGCACGCGUGAAAUUCAGCGUACGAUGCUCGAGCUCCUGAAUCAGCUGGACGGGUUCGAUGAGCGCGGCGAUGUAAAGGUGAUUAUGGCGACGAACGCCAUCGAAAGCCUCGAUCCCGCUCUGAUUCGUCCUGGCCGUAUCGACCGAAAGAUCGAGUUCCCUCUCCCCGACAUCAAGACAAAGCGCCGUAUCUUUGGCAUCCACACGGGCCGCAUGAGCCUGGCCGAGGACGUGGACCUGGAAGAGUUCGUGAUGACCAAGGACGAGCUGUCGGGAGCUGACAUCAAGGCUGUUUGCACCGAAGCUGGCCUGCUCGCCCUGCGUGAACGUCGUAUGCGUGUGACGCAAACGGACUUUCGAAAGGCGAAAGAAAAAGCGCUCUACAAGAAGAAGGCCAACAUUCCCGAAGGGCUUUACCUGUAA